AUGGAAGGCGCUCAUGCUGAAGAAACUGAGGCAGACGAACUCACCCAGCGGGCGAAGCCUGUAGGUCGCCCACGCCUUAACGAGAAUGGCGGACGUAAACCGCUUAAACGAAAGACGAAAGCUACGGUGACAUCGAUUCUGACGCGGAUUUUGAUAGACCAGGCCGCAGCAAACCCGCGCGGGGAGCCCGCGAAGCAGGGCCGCGCGGUAUUUGCGGAGGCGGGCCCAGCGCCGAGCUCACCAGCGAGCCGCGCAUUGUACUUCCCAGAAAACAUCGUGGCCUGGUGGUGUUAA